UAAAUAGAGCAGGAUCUAGUUGCAGUCCAAGUUAAUGCUAGCUGGCUCUCCUCUUGUGACUUAGUUUAACCCAAAUUAUGUAUCUGUGAAUGUUGAGGAUGAUGUUGAAGCAGUGAUUGUUGACCAUGGAGAAAAUGGACUGUCCACACAAAGCUGCGUGUCAAUGGAACAAAACUCUGAUGUAAACGGUGUUCACCAUGUGGCUCAACUUGUCUAUGGAAGCGAAGGCUUAUCAGUGCUAGCUGAACGAGUGGCAUCACAAAUGAGCCAUUCUGCAAGUAUGCAGAGAGGAAAUGGUCACAGCCCUGAAAAAAUGGAUUUUGUGUUUUCACAUAAUAAAAGAAAACGACUUGCCCCUACUCUAGUGGGACAGAAUGUGAUGAGAACCAGGGAAGGAGAAUAUGAAGAUAGUGACAGUGUCAUUUAUGAGUAUGAACCAGAUUAUGAAUGUGGGAGUAUUGUAUCUGAAGCUUCCUACACUGAAGCUUCCUACACUGGAGAUCAGCAGAAAACUCUUAUGGAAGUCCUCAGUUACUGCCAGGCCAUGUAUGAUGCCAUUCAGAAACUGGAUAAAAAAUUUGACCUGCUUCAUCGGAAGGUCUCAGAAAUGCAGCAUACUCGUGUAAAGCCACUGUUGCUCAAACCUAAACCAGUUGGAUUUACAUAUAGAAGUUCCAGUCACUUGCCCCAAGGAAAAAUAAGAGUGCAAAAAUCCAUGGAAAGGGAAUCAAGUCUUCAUCUCUCUUCACCAGGCCAGGGAAGGCAUAGCCCAGUCAUAAGGGUUGCUUUACAAAAUGGCCAUGUUCAGGUCAAUUCCACAAUCAAACAUGUUCAACAGAGUCUUCAGCUUGAAUCGCAGCAACCUGUUCGUAGGCAGAGCCCACCACUCCCCACUAUAGUUUCUACACAUUCGUUGCAUUCAUCAUACGCAGCAGCUAACAGGAUGCCUGACCUCUCUCCACUACCAAAUCUUGUAGCCAGCGUUGUGGAAAGUACUGUCAACAUUGCAUCUUCACCAGUGGCAUCGUCAUCGAUGCCAGCACCAUCUGAGACCAGUUUGGGAAAUAAUGCUGUGGUGGUGAACUACACAAAUGCAUCUGGGAGUGCGAACAUUAGUAAAGAACUACCAUCUUCUUCAGUCUCCAUCAGUCCUAGCCUUGAGUUUGUUGGUGACCCAGUGAGAAAUGUAAAAGUUCUUGGAAACUAUUUGAUGAAAGCUCGGCAAAAGACUAAACCAAAGUAUGCGGCGCGCUACUUAGUUCGUGUCUUGUUCCCCAAGGAAACAUUAUUGUGCAGCAUUAUGGGAGUGAGUGCACGAGGGCGCAGAACAUUGGAUCCAAACAAAAUUGCUGCAAUAAGAGAAUUUCUUGCAACUAACUUUCCAAACUAUGAUUUGAGUGAGCAUGGAAAAGACUGGAAAACCUGUAUCACGAAUGUCAAUGCUAUGAUCCGCUGUUUACGCUCUGAAACAAAAAUAAACCCAGAGGCAGCUGAAGGGAAAGAAAAAGUGGCUGAUGCUCCAGAUACAUCUCAUUGUAUAGAUUUAAAUUAUAAUGAAGAUAGUGAAGGCAAUUCUCAAAACUCUCAGAAAAUGACCAGUUCCUCAACUGACACAUUGCAGAAUUCAGGAUUGGAUAAGUUUCCAGAUGCUUUCCACACACCUUCAGUCAAGAAACAGCAGUCUUUGGAACCUAUGGAACUUCUUGGAAGUCCAUGGCGCAACGUUCAGUUGCCUUUCUCAGUCAUUUAUGUAGCUAAAGGGAAGUCUCGGCCAGAGUUGUCAGCUCGCUACCUAAUUCGUCAUAUGUUCACUGAAGAUGUGCUGGUAAAAAGCAAUGUAUAUGGUAAUCUUGAACGUGGCAUGAGCCCACUGGACUGCAAUAGAAUUAAUGCUCUCAGAGAUUUUCUUCAAGAGAAUUAUCCAUCCUUUGAUCUAAAGGAAACUGGAUAUGAUUGGAAGGCAUGCGUGGCUGCCAUAAACAGCACAAUCCGCAGUCUCAGACAUGACCAUAAAAAGGCUACAGUUGGAAUCCGCCGGAAAGUCUUGGCAGUGCCAUCAUUGAGUGCAAAGAGUCCUCCACAGAGUCCCACUUCAGUAAAGCCAUUUGAAAGUGACACUAUCAAUCUCACGGACUGAAGCUCUCUAACAUCUGUCUCAAAUCUUAAUUUAGCAGUUUUUUAUAAAUCCCACGUAGAAGCCUAUUACAUUGAGUUGUCCUAUUAUACCGAGUUGUCAGCAGCACUAAAUAGUAUUAUUUCAUGAGACCAAAGUUAGCAGACUUGGGAAGCCUAACUCCUUGUAUAAGUAGCAUUUGUGCUCCUCAGCAAUUAUUUCCGCUGUUCCCUGUAGCAUUUGCAAUGUGCUCUCCCCUAAAAGCACCUUCUUUUCAUUGACUAUGAAAGAUUAAUCUGAUUAGAAAAGAUGCACUGUGCAUCAAGUCAGCAGAAGCAGAUAGAAACGUGGAGAGGAAAGAAUGGUCCUCCUUGGAGGAAGACUCAUAGCCAGCUAAACUAUCUCACUAUGUGUGAGAAAUCAAAUUUGCUUUGACAAUUGGAUAUUUUAAGCAAAAAUAUCUAAUGCAGAAAGGAAAAAAAAAUUAUUGCAUCUAGCUAACUUGUUACAUCUCUCACUUUUUUUGCCUCCUAUAGCAGUCUUUGUUGUAGGAUAAGGAAGGAGGCAGACAACAAUGUAAGUACAGUUGGUAAUAUUUUCUUUGCUCUGAUUUAGCUCUACAAAAGCCAAAAAAAAGCAUCCAGAACAAACAGUCCAAUGACUGGUUCUGUUUUUUCUUGAUGAAAAUUAAAGAAAAUACUUCUUCAAAGGCUUGGUCUGCUGUUCAGUGGCAUAUCUCAUCCACUGGUUUGGAUGUCCACAAGAUGCAAAUCUGCUGCAACUUUCGUCUAGAGGAUUUGGAUCCUGAUUCAGAUUUGAGAAAUAGUAAUUUCCAUCAGUUUCAAGUCAUUGGUCCUUCAGUUAAAACUGAGGACACAUGCUGUACUGUUCACAUGCGGUCAGAGAUGACCAGCAUCCAGUGGUACGCCUUCUCAAGAUCAUAAUCAUAGCCUUUAAUACUCAGGUCUACAAGGCUAGGCAUGUUUGCUUUGCUGUCUGGGUAGGCUGCUGUUCUAGAGACUUGUCAUCCUGCCUUUGUUCACUGCACAUUUCAAGAUUUUAAGUUGUUAUUCGGAGAGUCACAGAAUGUUUGAGGUUGGAAGGGACCUCUGGAGGUCAUCUGAUCCACUCCCCCUGCUCAAGCAGGGCCACCUAGAGCCAGUUGUCCACCACCAUGUCCAGACAGCUUUUGAGUAUCUCCAAGGAUGAAGACUCCGCAACCUUCCUGGGCAACCUGCGCAAGGGCUCAGUCACUGUCACAGUAAAAAAAAAAAAAAACUGUUUCCUGAUGUUCAGAGGAAAACUCCUAUGUGUGUUUGUGCCCAUUGCCUCUGGUCCUCUCACUGGCCACCACUGAGAAGAUCCUGGUUCUGUCCUUCUGGCUCUGUCCUUUUUGUCACCUCCCCUCAGGUUUUUAUAUACAUCCAUGAGAUCCCCCUUGAGCUUUCUCUUCUCCAGACUGAAGUCCCAGCUCUCUCAGCCUUUCCUCACAGGAGAGAUGCUCCAGUCCCUUCUUCAUCUUCAUGGCCCUUUGCUGGACUCUCUCCAGUAUGUCUGUGCCUCUGUUGUACUGGGCAGCCCAGAGCUGGACCCAGCACGCCAGGUGUGGCCUCACCAGUGCUGGCAACAUCCUCCUAAUGCAACCUGGGGUACCAUUAGACUUCUUUGUGGCAAGGGCUCAUUUCUGGCUCAGGUUCAACUUAGUGUCCACUAGGACAUCCCAGAGUACGCUCUGCCCAUCAUACAGAUCAUAAAUGAAGCUGUUAAACGGGAUCAGACCCAGUAUUGACCCCUGGGGUACUCUGCUAGUCACCGGCCUUCAUCUAGACUUUGUGCUGCUGACCACCACUCUCUGGGCCCAGCCAUUUGUCCAGUUUCCAGUCCACCUCACUGUCUGCUCAUCCAGCCUGUACAUCCGCAGCUUGUCUGUGAGGAUCUUAUGGGAGACAACGUUGAAGGCCUUCCUCAAAUCCGGGUAGACAAUAUCCACUGCUCUACUGUCAUCUACCAGGCUAGCCAUUUCGUCGUAGAAUUUUAUCAAGUUGGUCAACCGUGACUUCCCCUUGGUGAAGCCAUGCUGUGACUACUCCUGGUGGUAUUCUCCUGGUGGUGUUCUCGUCAUUCGUGCGCCUGGAGAUAGUUUCCAGGAUGAGCUGCUCCAUCACCUUCCCAGGGAUGGAGGUGAGGCUGACUGGCCUGUAGUUCCCUGGGUCCUCCUCCUCGCCCUUCUUCAAGACAGGAGUGUCAUCUGCUUUCAUCCAGUCUUCGGGCACUUCUCCCAUUCGCCUUGAUCGAUCAGAGGUUAUCAAGAGUGGCCUCGCAAUGACAUCAGCCAGCUCCCUGAGCACUUGUGGGCGCAUCCCAUCAGGCCCCUUGGACGUAACGUGUGUCCAGUUUGCUUCAGGAUUCCCCGACCAGAUUCUCUUCCACCCAGUGUGUCUUCCUUGCUGCAGCCUUUCCCCCCGGUCUCUGGGACCUGGGAUUCCGGAAGGCCAGUCUUGCUAAUAAAGACUGAGGCAAAGGUGGUGUUGAAUCCCUCAGCCUUUUCUGUGUCCUGUGUCACCAGGUCCCCUGUCUCCUUCAGCAGUGGGCCCGCAUUUUCCCUAGCCUUCCUUUUGUCACCUAUGUACGUACAGAAGCCCUCCUUGUUGUCUUUGACAUCCCUGGCCACAUUCAAUUCCAGUGGGCUUUAACUUUCCUAACUUCAUCCCUGGAUGCUCAAUGUCACUGCAUUCCUCCCAGGUUACUUGUUUUUUCUUCCACCCUCUGUAUGCUUCCUUUUUGUGUUUUGAGUUUGUCCAGAAGCUCCUUGUUUAUUCACACAAGCCUCCUGGCAUUUUUGCCUUACUUGUUUGUUGAGAUGGAUCUCUCUGGAGCUUGGAGGAGGUGAUCCUUGAAUUUUAACCAACUUUCUUGGGCCCACCUUCUCUCCAGGGCCUUAAUCCCGUAGGACUCUUCUAGCAGAUCUUUUGAAGAGACUGAAGCCUGCUCUCCUGAAGUCUAGGAUUGUGAGCCUGCUUUUUACCUUCCUCUCUCCCCUCAGGAUCCUGAACUCCACCAUCUCAUGGUCACUGCAGCUAAGGCUGCUUUUGACCUUCGCAUUCUCAACAAGCCCCUCGUUGUAGGUGAGUGUGAGGUCCAGCAAAGCAUCUCUUCGCAUUGGCUCCCCUAUCACUUAGAAGAAGAAGUUAUUGUCAAUAAUAAAUAUUCAUGCCCUUGCCAUUCCUUUCUGUCCAUGCAACACUAAGAUUUAUUAGUGCACUGAAUUAUAUAUUAAAAAAACCAAAACAAACAAACUAACUUUGAAAAUUACUUGGAUGUUAAACUCAUAAAAAUAAAUAAAAAUGAAUGACUAUAUAUAUUCAAUUUCACAUUCCCCUCAGUUUCAUUUGUAAGUUGAAAUUCAACAGUGGUAACUGUACAGAAGUUAAUGGCGGUUUUUGUUGGGUGGGUUCUUUGUUUGUUGUUUGGGGGUUUUUUUGUUUGUUUGUUUGGGGUGUUUUGUUUGUUUUCAAAAGAGGAAGUAUUCGGUAUAUGCCUUUCUGUUACUUGUUCUUCCAGCAUCAGUCACACAGUCCUCUCACCGUCUACGUGCUGGCUAACUGGUGCGUGAACUUGCCUUGCCACUUGCGUUAUGUCUGAGCGUAGUCUCAGAUGUCCGGCUUUGUCACAGAAAGAAGCUUCUCAGAAGGCUGACACAGGGAACCAGUUUCACCUCUGAAAGUUGAUGCAACUGUGGCUUCCAAAAUUAUGCCCGUGUACAUAGCAGAACAAGGUAUAACUAAAUCGGUUCUCUCCAAGGCAAAGGUUUCAUGGUUUGUUUUUUUUGUUAGCAAUAGGAUAAAAUAGUGAAGUUACUUGUUGUCACUUUAACUUCUGUUCAUUACAAACAGGCAGUUUAUUAUAUACAGUAUAGGAUCAGCUUUUUUAUUGCAAGUUAGGAUAUGCAAUGGCCUUAUCACAUAUGAAAUUAGUAAUUUAAGUUUCCCCUACCACUUCCUUGCAGAAGUCUUCUGUAGGAUUUAAGAAAUAGACUGAAUUUCUGAUGUGUUGGUUGGUUCUUUGUUGGUUUUUUUUUUUACUAGAAAUGUUGUACGGCAAAUUUGGUUGUUCGGGUUUACUACUAACAAAUUCUGCUGUUACUGUUCUAUACAAUCGUUCUUGUGAAUGCCAAGAACUUUGUUGUGUGUAGCUAUUACUAGUUCCAAACCUCAGAAAAAGCCAAAAAUGCUUAUAUUUUUUCAGUAGUUUUAUGAAACUUUUUCACUGUCCUUCACAGAUUUUAAUGGUAGAAUGAUAUAUUUAUUGAAUGACCUGUCUGGCACUGAAAUCUGUUAGUGUGGUGCAUACCUAUAGCUUCCAUAUUGAAAAGAGAAUUGAAUAAAAGUAGAAAUAG